AUGGCUACCCUCGACAUCGACGGAGUUCGUGCUUCCUUCCCGUCCCUGGAAUCAGGGUACAUCUAUGCCGAUAAUGCGGGAGGAUCGCAGACUGCUCAAGGAGUGAUCGAUCGGAUCGUAGAUUAUCUGACCAACACCAACGUACAGUUGGGAGCUGAUUAUUUUGUCGGCACGCUGAGUACCCAGCGCGUGGACGAGGGCUCUUUCACCGUUGCAGAGUUGUUCAAUGCUGCUUCCAUCGACGAAGUCGCGUUUGGACCGAGUUCGACGAUGAUUAUUGAGAACAUCGCUAGAGCGCUCGAAAACGAUAUCCAACCCGGAGAUGAAUUCAUCAUUACCUAUGAACAUGAAGGUUUCUACAUUAUUUUGCUGUAUCCCUUUGUAAAAAACAACUCAACACUCAUCAUAGCCAACAACGGUCCUUGGAAGCGUCUGGCUGAGCGGUGCAAUGCCGUGGUCAAAUAUUGGCGACCUACACCAGUGUCUGCGGAAAACCCUUACUCAGUCGCAUACAAGGUCGAAGAACUAUUGCCACUUGUUUCUUCACGAACCAGGCUGGCCGCCAUCACUGCAUGCUCCAACAUUUUGGGAUCGGUGGUUCCUGUGGAAGAAGCAGUGAAGGCACUUCGCCAGCGUGCAAAAGAACAGGGAGCGAGAAAGGUUGAGGUGUCUGUGGAUUGUGUUGCAUACGCACCACAUAGAAAAAUGGACGUACAAAAGUGGGAUAUUGAUUACUGUGUGUUUUCUUUGUACAAGGUGUACGGGGCUCAUAAUGCUGCUGCCUACGUGCGGUCGGCGUCUCUGCAGACAUCUCUUACAUCCAUCGCACAUCAUUUCCUGAAGGUGGACGAUAAGCCAUAUAAGUUGCAACCAGGUGGUCCAGGCUACGAGCUGGUGUAUGGUGCAACAGCAGUUGUGCCAUAUCUAAAGUCUUUAACGCCAGAAGAUGAUCUUGCAGUAUCUUAUGACGCAAUCGCAAACCAUGAGCAAAAACUUCUGGUCCCUUUACUCCGCUUUUUGACGGACGCAAAACAAGUUGGCAGGGGUGUUCGCAUUGUUGGGACAAGCGAGAUCAAUCUCUCAAGAGUUCCCACUGUCAGCUUUGUUGUCGUUGGACAGAACACGAUCAAGAGCAAGGAUAUCGUAGGAGCGUUUGACAAAAAGGGAGGGAUCGGAAUUCGAUACGGCCACUUUUACGCAUAUUCUCUUGUUGACAAUCUACGCCCAAAACUGGACGUGGAUGAUGGGGUCGUCCGCAUCUCACUUGUCCAUUAUAACACCGUCGGGGAAGUGGAGAAGAUUGUGGAUGUUUUGAGGGAAGUUUUAGCUUGA